AUGAACAUUGACCAUCCCUUCCCCGCAAACUCACUCGAGGACCCGUUCAUCGUCUACAACACAGACGGUGACACUGAUCACCUCUUGCCCUCUUCCCACCCCACCUCCCACCAACCUUUUACCCCCGACAGCGAGCAAUCCUUCUCCCAAUCCUUCUCCCACUCUAGCGGCUCGAGCACCGUCAGCUCGGAUAGCUCGUACAGCCCGCCUUACUCGGCCUUCUCCCAGCUCGCCAUCGCAUCGUACUCUCUCCCUCGCCACCCUAGGUCCCCCUCGCCACUGCCUCCUCGACGCUACAGCGUGCAGACCGAGCUUCGGCCACAUCACGAGGUCGACGAGCACUGGCUUCCACACCUUGCAUACCUCCCAGCCUUCUCAUCAAACCCACCUUCGGCUCAGAUCUCUCCUCCCCAUCAGACGCCAAUCAGCAACACGUGGUGGGACCCAAACACACCUCGGCUGAGUUUCGACCAAGUGACCCACUCGACUGCAUCGUUGCUCGAGGCCGCUGUUGCCACUGCGCCCGAGUACGCUCCGUCCGACACCGUCUCGCGCGCUCCCUCCACUCCCCAGCGUGUCCCAUACGCUCUUGACGCUCUGGAGAUUCCUACUCCUCCGUACUCUUCGAGCUACAUCGUCCCCAGGCGCAUCAGUCACAAGUUCCGUGACGAGCUCGCCUUUUCGUGCCCUCCCACGCCCGACAACAACGAGCAGCCCACCCUUCCCUGGUCGCUGCAAGAGCACCUCGAGCACGCCCCGGGUACUCGUGUUCCAUACACAGCGUCCACCGACGACGACGAUCCGUUUGACGGCUCGAUCCCUUCCUCGCCAGUUGCCACCGUCUACCCUUUUGCGGUUGACGAGUACACUAUUCCGUACCCUGAGCGCCACCGCAACACGUUGGCCGUGCAGGACGCGUACUCGGACGACAGCGACAGCAGUGACGAAGAGAACGAGAUCGCAAUCCCCCAUCUGCCCGAAUCACCCCAGACACUCCGCGCCCGGGCCUUGUCACCGCCCAUGGACGCCCCCUCGCCCCACCGUUCCCAGUGUGCGACCUCGCCGCACGGAUCCGCCACUUAUGCCCGGCCUCGCGGAUGGCCACUUUCAACCUCCACUUUCCCCGCAUCGACCCGCCCGUCUUCGCCACAGGUUGACCCCGCGCUCAUCAACUCACAACAGCCGCCUUCCCUCCAAGUCACCGUCGCGCACAUGUCGCAUGCCGACGACCCAGAAGACGACGGCGAGACCGUCCACUCGCCCGGUGCCGGAUCCUCGACAUCUGGCGCGCACAAGCGCAACUUCAAGACAGCCCUGUGGGAGGCCAUCAACAACCCAGACUUUGAAAAGCUCAUCCGCUGGGACAAGGAUGGACUCGCCGGCGUCAUCCCAGACAAGAAGAAGUUUGAGAGCAGUAGGGCGAUGAGGGCCAUCACCGACGCCCGCGACUUUGGUGGUUUUGCGCGCCAGCUCAACAUGUGGAACUUCACGCGCGGCAGGCACCCCGACCUGGGUAUCAACUCCGUCCGCUUCACCCAUGACGAUUUCCAGCGCGGCAGGGAGGACCUUCUCGACGACAUGGUCCGCAAGGGCGAGAACAAGAUGUCGCGUCCUUCUAAAGGGAAGACGAACCAGAAGCCAGUCAAGAAGGUCAAGGAAGUCAACAAGGUUCACAAGCCCAAGAAUCCCAAUGCUCGUCACUCAACGCGUCUCAACGUCCGCCCCAACUACGAGGAGACGGAUGACGACAACGUCGAUGACCCCUCGUCGGAUGAUUCGACCCCCGUCGCGUCGCCAGCGCGUGCCCGCCCCAGCGCUAGCGCGGGACCAUCAAGGCCUGCCGCCAAGAAGAUGAAGCUGACCACGGGUGCGCGUGCCAUCACCGUCCUCAAGUCCCUCAAGACCCAAAACGACGCGCUCGAGCAGGAGAACGCCUUGCUCCGCUCGCAUGUUGUCGAGAAGAACGCUCUGCAGCACGAGGUCUCCGAGUUACGCGAGCGCAUGCGUGCCAACGCUAACCCACCAGGCUCUACUUCUGCACCCACUGGUAUCCGCGGUCUCUCCCCUCCUCCCAUGGUCGUCGCUGUGCCCGGCCGCUUCAAGCGCGUGUACGAGUUCACCCCGGAGCCGCCCACGGGCGAGAUUAUCGGUCUCGGCCAGUGGCCCGAGUCGGAGAUGCGUUCCACCUCGAUCAAGGCAGGCGCUUCCUCCAAGUCUGCCAAGGGCAAGGCGCCUGCCACGGCCUCGCCUAGUAACAAGCCUCCACGCAGCAAGCGACCUCGUGUCUGA